GAGUCGCGUUGGUGCUGGUCUGUGGGCGGGCGGCGGCGGUUGGCCUCGGAUGGAGGAGGACGGGGAUGGCGAUUUCCUACUGGCGCUGCAGCUGCAGGAGCUGUGGGAGGCGGAGGACAAGGAGGCGGCGGCCGCCGCCGCGCGCCCCGAGGCCUCUUUGGACUCCUCGCCGCUUCGGCCGCUCUCGGUGGUGGACGAGGCCUGGGAGCUGCUGGACCCCAGCCCCGACGUGCACGGCCUCUUCGUGCAGUUCAACGAGGCGCUCUUCUGGGGGCGCCUGACGGCCGUGGAGGUGUCGUGGAGCCCGCGCAUGACCCUCUGUGCGGGAGUGUGUAGCUAUGAAGGAAGAGGUGGAAUGUGUUCCAUUCGUUUAAGUGAGCCACUCCUGAAGUUAAGACCAAGGAAGGAUCUUGUUGAGACACUGUUACAUGAAAUGAUCCAUGCCCUGCUGUUUGUUACUAAUAACGACAAAGAUCGUGAAUCUCAUGGGCCAGAGUUCCGCAAACAUAUGCGUCGCAUUAAUCGCUUGACUGGAGCCAAUGUCACAAUUUAUCAUAAUUUUCAUGAUGAGGUGGAUUUGUAUCGCCAGCAUUGGUGGCGAUGCAAUGGCCCCUGUCAAAACAGAAAACCUUAUUUUGGAUAUGUGAAACGUUCAAUGAAUAGAGCACCUUCUGCACGAGACUUUUGGUGGGUUGAGCAUCAAGAGUCAUGUGGAGGUACAUUCACAAAAGUGAAGGAACCAGAAAACUUUUCCAAGAAAGCCAAAGAGAAAACACAGCCAGCAAAACUUUCAAAUUCCAAGUCAACUAACAAAGACAAGAUGCAUGUCGGUGAUGCACAAAAUGUGAUUCCUUUCAGUGGAAAGGGGUAUCUGCUUGGAGGAGGAGAUAAUGGACUCUCAGAAGGAAGCGUAAGUUCCAGUAGCAGGAACAGUGAAACAUCCAGUUCACAGCAUCGUUCAGUAGGAAGCACAAUACCAAUCCCUAAAAAUGAGAUAAAAUUUGAAAAAUCACCCCGUAAUGGCACCUUCUUUCCACUUUAUACUGAUGAUGCCAGAGAGAAAAUUAACUUUGCUUCCAAGCAUGAGUUUCCUAAGCUCUCUGUUGCUAACACAAAAGCUUACAAGAAUGUUGAUGGAUCACCUGUUAAAAUUGCUCGUAUUAGAGCAGAAGAAAAACCAAAGCAAGUCCCUAGAGAAGGGAAGAAGGUUUUGCCAUGCCAUAACAGGACACCUAAACAAACUUGUUUUGAGCAGACUACAACAGCUCAGGUUGUAUCCAAUAAAAAAAGACGUUUAGAAAGUAGUACUACACUGCGGCAGUGGCCAAAAAUGGAAGAUCAAACUGCCUUUGAAAACUAUUUUAUGAAAAAAGAGGUUACUGAUGGCACUUUAAGAAUAAAUACAUCUCUGAAAACUGAAGCUGAAACUGCUGUGUCCUCUGCAAGUUCUAGCCCUGUUGUAAGGCCGGAUAAAAAAGUCAGUUGUCCUGUGUGCCAGAUGGAGGUUUUGGAGUCUAAAAUAAAUGAACAUCUGGACUCUUGUCUUGUAUAGACAUUUCUGGAAAGCAAUCUCAAAAAAAUAAUGCAGGGCUGAACUGUUACCUGAAUUGUUCAGGGUUUAUUCAAUUGCUCUUUUGCUGCGUGUCUAUCCCAACCUAGAACUUAAAUUACUAUCAACAUUCAGAAAAUAAUGGCAAUUUGAAUUUUGUGAAGUUGUAUAUUAGAACUGACCAGAAAUGUGGUUAUUCUUUGUGUUCCAAAGAGCCUAAUGCUUGUGUUUCACUAGGUGGAUGUUUGUGCUAACAUUUUCCUGCAGAACCCAGGUAUUGGUAAACUACAUAUUCCUAAGACAGUUUUUAAUUGUGCUAAUUUAUCUUUCUUCUUUCUUACUUCUCCUGUAUGUUUUACAGUGAAUUUUUGCCAUUCUUGAGUGUAACCACUUAUAAUGGCAGAUUAAUUGCACCAUAGUAAAUAGAAAAAAAAAAGAGUGCUUAUUUUUAGAGUAACAAAUAUGUUACAUAAGCCACAACUAUGCUCUCAGGUGGUCAUUUUCACCCAUGACCUUUUUGAAAAGGUAGAUGUGAGGAAAACGUAUGUUUGAGAUUCUCACUCACAGAUGGGAAAGGUAUAGACAUCAAAAACAGCAAAAUGUCUGCUUAGGUUUAAUAGAUAGAUAGGAGCAUGAAAAGAAAAUCCAGAGAGGAAAUGAAGAUUUUGAGAAAUCAAGCACAAGAUACUUGGGUGGACAAGGAGAAGGCUCUAUGCUUACAGACUCAGUUUGAAAAGAAAAAAAAGUAAUCAUUUUGAGCUCCUUUUCAAAGGGAUUUAAAAUCUUUGGAGUGGUCAAAUGGAAACUAAUGAUCUUCAGUCUUUUAUGUCUGCUUUGGUCAAUUAAUCAGCAUCCAGCUAGGUUCUCUGUCCUCUUUUUCUGAUGUUUUGUACAAACUCUGCAUGUGUUGAAAGUUCAGUAGUUUUCAGGAUAAAAGUACUAUGUACGUGAGUAACUGAUCUCCAUGGGCAGACACUAGUAGGUAAAAGUUUUGAUGAAUAUUGGUAGCAAAACUGGGAAAGACUGUUCCUGGCCCUAUCGUAAAAAUCUUUGUUAUUUUUCAGUUUCCAGUUUAAACUUUCAGUGCUUUACAGCCUGAAAUGGUGUUAGACCUCAGCUGACAAUUUUUGUUUUACUGCUUCCAUACACCAGCCAGAUUGGUGUUAAAUACUAAAAUAAUUAUGCUGUAAUGUAUUAUGAAUGCUGAGCAGCUGUGUGUUCUAUAUAAACUUCUGAAAUAUUUACAGUUUUCUUGCUGCAUUGGAAGUAUUUAACUGGUUAAGCAGGCAACUUGAUUGAUUUCUUACUUACAAAACUGAUUAUAAAUAUUUUUGAUAAAAGGAAAAAAAUACACUGUUUCAUAUGAUGUUGUUGCAAUGUUAAAUGGCUAUAUUAGCCGUGGACGCAUGUAUUUUUGCCUCUGUAUAAGGAGUUAUCUGCAAUGCACUUUUGAGACUGGAAAUAAACUGAGUGCAAUGGAAUUUGACAAAUUAUACCUAACUUCAGACUUCAGAAAGCCUAAGAAUACUUAAGAUGUUACUUUUUAAAAUAUGAUGUAUUUUUCUAAAUAUUGACACUACAGAUGUUUUACGUAAAUUGGAAUGUUCU